AUGGGCGUGGAGCGUUGGUCAUUGGUGAACCGGCUGAAACGGGCGGUGAAGAAGAUCACAUUUCUGCUGGAUUUCAACAUCAACCGAUGGAAACUGGCGUCGUUGGUUGGGGCAUCAUCUAGCAAGAGACGACCGAGUCUGAGCUUCAACGACCGGCCCGGGAUAAGGGCCUGUUUGGAUGAGUCAGAUUCCUCCCGAAGCCUGCAGCAGACUGUUAGCUAUCAAUCCUCCGAUGAUGACGUGGACACCAAAGCCGAUGCUUUUAUUGCAAACUUUUAUAAACAACUUCAGUUUGAGAGGCAAAUCUCCUUGAAGCUCAGGUAUUGUAGGGCCGAUAGCAUUAAUUCUCCCUGA